UUCAACUGUAGAAGCAAUGGAGAACGGAACUGAUAAAUAAUAAAUGAAGUCUUAAGGAUGGACGGUACAUGUGCAAAUUUGCUUUAUCCAUAACAAUAUGCACACAUUUGCAUACUGCAAUGGCCGAAUAGGGUUUUGCCGAAAGAAGACGAGAAAUUGCAGAGUACUAUAGUGAAAUUCAGCUUAUUCAACUGCAAUCUUCAUCUUGUAAAGUGGGGAUUCUCACAAAAUCUUUCGGCCAACAAAUCAAAACAUUACCUUUACCCUUCUCUUUCGUCACCGAUGAAUUGGAAAGAUUAAGGCCGAAGAAAUCCUCAGGAAAACAGUACAGAGGCUCCAAAAAAUAUUUUUUCAGAAAUGAAUAAUAAUACAUUGCUAAGGAACCUUGCGAAUCGGGUAAAUUGUAGGGCGUCUUUAUGGGUUUGGUCGCUGUAUAAUGAAAGCCCUUGUUUUCAAGCCGUCGGGUUUUCAUCCACGGCUUCGAAGGCAAAUCCAGAAAAGCAAGUAGACGGCAAUAUUAAUAAUAAGCAGAAGUUGGAGAGAAUAGCCGAUGAGCUUAUGAACUUGAAUGUACUGGAGAGACACGAUUACAAGAUUUUAUUCAGGCUGAAAUUAGGGUUAGAUAGGUUCGCUUCACCCGUAGGAGGCAUGGUCAUACCGGGAGCACCCGCAGCAGACGGAGCUGCGCCUGAGAAGAAAGUUGCAGAGAAAAGUACAUUUGAUGUCAAGCUUGAGAAAUACGAGGCCAAUGCGAAGAUUAAGAUUAUUAAGGAGGUCAGGGGUUUUACAGAUUUAGGGCUGAAGGAGGCCAAAGAUUUGGUGGAAAAGAUUCCGGCUGUUUUGAAGAAGGGGCUCACGAAAGAGGAGGCUACAAAGAUAGUCGAAAAGCUCAAGGAGUUGGGAGCCACAGCCGUCAUGGAAUGAAAGAAAUUUAAUCUGGUUGGAGAAAUUUCAACAACUUUUUUCUAAUAUAACUGAAAAUUUUCGUUGUAAGAUGCCAUUUUUAAAGCAUUUAGUGAAUUUUCCUUUAAUUUAUCAACUGAGUAGAACUUGCAACUAGCGAUGCAUAUAAGCUAUGAAGCUUUCUUAAAAUUGAAUGGUUGUAGAUUAAUUUGAAUUUCAGAUCGGAUGUUUUCUUGUUUAAAUAAUUAUUGAGGUGGUGCCUGGCAAAUUUUAAUCUUCUA